AUGGACUAUUCUGUUGUCAUGCAGAAUCCUUUGCCCCGUGUAUCUGCACCACAUGCCUUGGCAUGGCCUGAAGGUCUACCAAGCUCAACCACACUCUUGAAGGGCCUCACUUUUGUGUCUGAUACAUUCUAUGACUAUAAAAACUUGUGGCAUGGGCUAACUGCAAUGUCUUUUGUGGGUUGGUCUAUGAAAAAUGGAUGCUCAAAGUCAUCAAGGUUGGUACUUUUCUAUUGGGGAGAGCUCAGAGACCAAAGGGGAUUGUGGAUUCAGAAUGUCAUGCAAGCAAGUUUUGGGCAGGUGCCAGUUGAAGUAUUUGAAAAAGGAGAUGAUGGGCCUUAUUGUUUUGAGAAGGCAGUUGUGAUGAGGCACAAUGUUGGGGAAAUGGGGAAGCAGAGGAAUCUUCAGGUCUCUGACUUGUUGAGAUGUAAAGCAAGAGAAUUUUGUGGCAUAAACCCUGCAGGUAGGGGGAAGGAGGUGAAUGUGAGAGGGCAGCCAAGUAUAAGGUUGACAUUGCUGAUGAGGAGAGGUUCAAGAUCAUUCAAGGAUCCAACUGCUGGGAUUAAUGUAUUCUCAAGGCAGUGUGCAAUGGUGGAUGGGUACAUGUUAGAGGUGGUUCAGUCUGAAGAUCUGAAUUUCUGUGAUCAGGUUAAGCUAAUGACCAACACAGACAUCCUUCCAUCCCCACAUGGAGCACAGCUAACAAACAUGCUCUUCAUGGAUAGAAACAGUAGCAUAAUGGAGUUUUUCCCCAAAGGAUGGUUGAAGCUUGCUAGGGUCGGCCAGAAUGUUUAUCACUGGAUGGCAGACCAAUCCAGCAUGAAGCACAGAUGUGCACAGUGGGACCCCCACACCGAAAAGGAAUGCCCAGACCCUACAAAACAACUAGAAUGCUUUCUCCUUUACAAAGACGGCCAGCUUGGCCACAAUGAAACCUACUUUGCAGAGUGGGCAAGAACAGUCCUCAAACAAAUCAAUUCUUCAACUAGUUUUGAGAUGCUUGAGGAUGUUCAACUAGUUUUCUAA